CCUAAAGUUUCGCUUCCAGUUUAUCUCUAGCUAGUAUAAAUACUAAUAGCACCCAUAAGACUUACGUCGAGAAAGGCUAGAUAGAAAAAUACGGAUAUCAGACAUAUAAUAAAUCCCUCACUGUUUUCAGAAAUUCAUAAACAUUACAGUAUUCUAGUAUUUGAUAUUUCUGCACAAAGUAGAAGUCAGUGUGAUCCUUGAAGAUACAGAAUGUCGGUCGACAGUGUUUUUCGAACGCGUUCUCUCGGCGUUGCUGCGGUGGGUCUUCCUGAUCAGUAUGCCGACGGAAAAGCAGCAAAAGUGUGGCAGCUGUACAUCGGAGACACGCGGAGUAGAACGGAGGAAUACAAAAGCUGGGUGGUGUCCCUGCUAAAACGACACGAUGUGCAAAGGAUACUGGAUGUAGCCUGUGGCACAGGGUAGGCGAUGUUGCCGAUACAACUAGUAUUUCUGAACUGUACAUUUCUCCGUACACAACAGCUUGUUGGCACUCGUAGGCCACUGCAAACAUCACUAUAAUAAGCAUAUAACACAUCGAGCCCUUAACAACCUUUCAUUUUGACUUGUGGUUCUUAUUGCAUCGUCUCUUUAGUGUCUAGCCGUUGGAUAGGCCUUGAUUGCAGUUGCUGAAAUAUUCCAUUAGUUGCCACCUGCUUUUGUGGCAGCCUACAUUGCAGAAAAAUAAGCAUCGUGUGUAUUAGCUAGAUAAAACAGCCUUCAACGAAUAUAAAGCACAUUUUAUCUGCGGAAAUGUAGGCCUUCUUAAGAUAAUCUGCUCAGUGUUGAAUCUUGAUGUAUUAUAAUAAAUCGGUGUAUUGUUAAAUAGGAAGGAUAAACUUGCUACCUGUGAAGAGAUGUUGGUUUUCAUUAUGGGUCCCUAUUUAUGGCAUAGUCUACAGAAUUUGAGGAACUACCUGUGCGUUUAAGUUAUGAAACCUCACUCCUAAAAAGACUGUAAAAGUUAUCCAAAAAAGCAACAGCAGGUUGCCGUGCACUGCAGUUACUUUACUUUUAGCAGUUCCUUUUAGCUGUACCUCUUUUUCAAUGCUUAACUGCUCCUCUGUAGUGGUGCAGGUGCAACGUUUUGGCAUGCAUACCAAAUGUUCACUCAUGCAGAAGUAAAAUGUGGAGCUGUUUUCAGAUUGGCUGGGCAGAUGGGGCUACUCACACCCCUGAAAAAAGUACAAGUUGCAGGUUGGAAUAGCCCAAAUCCAGCACAUCAAGUUGGAAAAGUCCAUGGAAUAGCCCAUCUAAACCUUCUGUAAGGGUGUGUACUGGGCAAAAGUGAGUCAGUGCUUUGCACUAAUAUUGGCCUGAUAGUGGUGAGUUUUGACUGGUUUUCCUCCACACAGAUAGUGUAUCUCUGUUUUUGGAGGUCAAAUAAUCUGGGAAGCUGCUAGUCGUCAACAUGUUUUUCCAAACGUUGUAAACUUCUUUCAUCCGGCUUUCGGUUAUCUCGCCGUUGGGAUGUGGUCCCCCUCUCUGAAUAGGCCAUAGAUUAUUGGAAACAAAGGCAUGUUGCAUUGGCAAAGACAUGAUCGUCAAUGCGAAGUGUCAGGAUUGUGUAUAUUGUAUAGAAAACGGUUUGCCAUUGUGCAAUGUAGUAAAUAACUUCAUCUCUUGCAUCGAAUUUAACAAGCCAGUAGUUGAUUAUGUCUUUUCACAUGUCUCGUCAACUGCGGUAGCACUGACCAUGGGGCCUCUGAAAUCCAAAAUUAGUAAGUAGAUGAAUUGGAAAAGAUUUUGACUGGCUCAGUCCAGACAUAAUGUGUUAGCCUAAUCAUUGUACCAUUGCCACACUUGAUAUCCAGUUGGUUUGUACAGUAGUCACUAUCUGGUGUACUCUUCUUCUGAGCUAAUUUGAGUAAUGGUCCUAACACACAUCCUCAUUCACAUAGCGAACAGUGUGGCAGUUGUAGAAUCAUCCUCAUUUCCAAGGAGUAACCCAUGUUUAUACGAAUAUACCGGGCAGAGUAGUGCAGUAGACCUUUUGAGUUUGGCCGCACUCUCGCAACUGUGCCCUGGUAUCUCCCAUAGUAAACAUGCUUGGUGGAACUGGAUUAUUUAGGAGUGUCCCCCGCUAUAGGCUAUUUGGGGCUUUUGGAAUGUUCUACCAUAGCAAACCAUCUAGUUGUUUUGUCAUUGGAUCUACUUGUAUACUCUUGCUCUCUGAGUACUGAAUCCCUCUUCUCAACCAAUGAUACAGUGAGUGUGACUAAUUUUUAACUGCCAAUGCUGUUUUGUUUUGUGUCACAACUGUCUACUAUGGACUGCCAGCUCAGCAAAAGCUUGACCACAGGUCCACCCCAUUCACAAAUGUUUCUAUAGCGUGUUCGCCGUCCACUAAAAUGUAUGAGCAUUGGCUUUAACAAACCUGUUGCAGGUGUCACUAUACAUUUUGGUCAUCCUUUGCAAUGUGUUUUUUUGUCAACCAGACUGUUUACCUUUGUAACCUUAGCAACACACUGAAUGAGUGACACACCCAACAAAAGCACGAUAGUUUGGCUUAUGACCAUUUAAGGAUUAGGUAGCUGAUGCUAGCUUAGUUUAGCCCAAAUAUAGCCCACUUCAUAUAGGCCUAUGUGCUUUUGUUACUGCCAAAUGUACACCUGAAGUUCCCCUUGAAGGUUAAAAAAGCAAAUCAUUAUAGUCAGUUCAAAACCCAAUAGCAAUGGUUUUGGUUUAUUGCAGAGUGGACUCCAUCAUGUUGGUGGAGGAGGGAUUCAAGAUGACGAGCGUGGACGCCAGUGACAAAAUGCUCAAGUACGCCCUGAAGGAAAGGUGGGAGAGAAGAAAAGAGUGUGCCUUUGACCAAUGGGGUGAGUAGUGGGGGUGUGUCUAACUGAGAUUCAAACCUGGGUCUCCUGUGCGCAACAAUGCUUUGUUAGUAGGGAUGCACAUUUCGGUACAUUUUCUUGCUUACUAACUAACCCUCAUUAACCGGUCAACAAACGGUACACAUUUUUCCAAACAGUAAAAUGACUUGACCAACAGAAAAUACUAUUAGAGCUCUGUAUAUAAUGAUGAGAUGCUUAUGUUUCCUCCCUAACAAUGGGAGUCGGCCCAAGGCGGGAAGGCAGGCGACAAGCUUAGGCCCAAAAUAAUAGGGGCUUAUUUUGGACAGAUUUUGGCGAGCGUGAAACCUCUCGCUUUGCCUCUUCCUUUCUGAUACUAUGCAUGCAUACAAGGACCGGACAUUUGUCAUUAAGAGCUUAAUGGAAACAUGCAACAAUAGCAAGGCUAUAGCCUAUUAUUGAACAUGCAACUCCUGUAAUGAAGCAGCUAAUAAAACUUAAUUUUCAAACACUUGCCAAAAUGCAACUUGUGGGAAACACCGUUCUAAACCUAAUGCGAGCAGUUGUGACCGAGAUUUAAAUCUCUGUUAGAAACUUAGAAAGAGGGGGAAUCUAAAAGCAACCGCUAUAAUGGGUUGCUAAUAUGACUAGUUUUGUGCCUUUGGCUUCUGGACAACGAAAGAAAGUUGAUAUGUAAACCAGUAGAACAGGAGAGAAAUGCUGUUGAUGGCAUGAGGAAUUCUUAUAAAAUAAUUGCCUAAACGUUUCUACGUGUGGAUUUUCCCAAGGCUACUUUGAAGCAAGGUAAGACGUGCCUCAUUAUUUGAAGUAAAGUAUAACAUUCAGGUAUCAAAAUAUUAUACUACCUCAAGAUCACAUUGCAAAGUGGUGGGUGACACGCUGAUAGUCAAUGCUAGGCAGGCUAUAGCCUACACACCCGAAUGGGAGGUGCGCUUUAAUUAAGAGUUGAGAAAUAUAAAUAGCUCCUUUUAAUCAUGGUCACAAGUUUUUAACACGCUAUUGCAUUUAGAAUUGUUAUUUGUUGCGCAAUGACUGGCCUUACAAAAGCAGGUUUCACUCCAGUAGCCUACAGACUUUUUGAGGAGCUACUCAUGCUCUCUGACAGGUCGUAGGCUCAGUAUGCUGUGGUCGUUUCAGAAGAUGCAUGAUGACUAACGAAAAUACACGCGCCAAUUUAACUCCACAAAAUUUUGCCAUUUACCCUAUAGUCUGAUAAGCAUGACCAGUCAAAUUUAUUUUGGGGGGCUAACUGAUUAACGGUUAGCAGUUAACAUCUCUAUUUGUUAGCCGCUGAGCUAAAGCUUAGGCAGAGCUAACACAAGUCCUCAGCUUUCUUAAUAGGUAUUAAACUAGGAGGGAAGAUGUCAAAGAAAAUACUCUAGACCUCUUGUUAGGGAUAAAAUCCACCUAAAUGUAAUUUCUUAAUUUUGUUCCUCUUUUUCCUUACCCUCCUCUCCUCCAGUGAUCGAAGAGGCCAACUGGCUGACGUUAACAGAAGAUGUGCAGAAGCCAGGGAACGGGUUUGAUGCAGUCAUCUGCCUGGGAAACUCCUUCGCUCACUUGCCAGACUUCAAAGGUGAGUGAGGGGCAGGCAGCCACUAUUGUCAUUGCAUAACUUAUUUUGGACUAACAAGUAACUUAUUUAUGCACUCUUUGAAGAUGUAUGGUUCUUGGUACUUUAUUAUUGGACCUUCUCUGUGUUGGGCUGGAACAAAAACCUGCACUUUGUGUAGCUUUGCAGGACCGGGAUGAUAUCUGACAUUGCAAGUAUUAAUUGAUAGUGCUGUUAUAACAGUAUAAGUGCUAGUAACAGUAUACAAGUAAUGCACUCCCCCCACACAUACGACAUGCAGACACGCAGUCAUCUCAUUUUAAAACCCCCCCCCCCCCCCCCCCCCAAAAAAAAAAAAAAAAAACUAUUCAAGAAAGCCUAUAGCCUAUGGUCCAUGAUUGACUCCGUCUACCCUUCCUUCUGUGCCUUACCAGUUUCUUAUGUGUGUCCCCUAACCCUUACCCUAAACCAGGUCCAUAUCCUAUUCCAACCCUACCCCUUAAACCUAAUCCCUUACCAUAAACCGGGUUUGUAUCCUGUACCCAACCCCUCCCUCUUUAUCUGUCCUGUUUUGUCUUGUCCUUUGAUUUUAAAUUGCAAUUUUGAUUGAUGCACUUGUUUUAUGUAGACCUACCUUUAAUGUCAGAUGUCCUUGAGUGUCUUGAAAGAUAAAAUGUAUUAUACAUUUUUGGGUAGUAAGUUACUACUAGUAACAGUAUAUUGAUUGGUUUGUGGUUAAGAUGUAUUGAUGCUUGUCUAUCCCAGGGGACCAGAGUGAUCAGAAGUUAGCCCUGCAGAACAUCGCCAGCAUGGUGAAACCAGGGGGCAUCCUAAUCAUCGACCACCGUAACUACGACUACAUUCUGGAGACAGGCAGAGCGCCCCAGGGCAAGAACAUCUACUACAAGGUACUAAACAAAUUGAGGAACGUUGCAUGCAGAUAAUACCAUAAGUAUCAGCAGUGGCUGGCAUAUCUAUUCAUCUAUUUCAAUCCAUCUGUCUAUUGUAUUAAUUUGUCCGUCUGUCCUGACCAUCCAUCCGUUCUUCCAUCUUAUCUCUCUAUCAAGUUACCCACCCUUUUAUUUCGUUAAUUUGUUGUUUUGAGGGGGAUGGCCUGUAUCACCUUCAAGGUGAAAAAUCUGUUGAUGUGCCCUUGAGCAAUGCACUUAACCCUAAUUUGCUCCAGGAGUGCUGUAUGACUGAGUGCUGUAAAACAACACAUUUCACUGCAUAUAUGUAUAAUGACCGCCUGGCAAGGGACAACAAUAAUAAUCAUAACAUAAUUCCCUUGGAAUAGUGCUGCUUUAUAAUAAUAAUAUAAUAAUAUGCCAUUUAGCAGACGCUUUUAUCCAAAGCGACUUACAGUCAUGCGUGCAUACAUUUUUGUGUAUGGGUGGUCCCGGGGAUCGAACCCACUACCCUGGCGUUACAAGCGCCGUGCUCUACCAACUGAGCUACAGAGGACCAUUUAGUAUCCCUAUUUGUGAACUUUCACUCCCUUCAAAAUAAACAAAAUAGUUCCUAAAGGUAAAGUGAUAUUGCACCACCACGCAAUCACUAGUACACAUUGCCAUUCUGAUUGUAACAUAGUUUAUGCCAAGCCUUGUUGGUCAAGAAAAUAUAAAACAUAAAGACAUUUAACUUAUUUUUUUCACUAAAAUGUUGUGCAAGAAACUGAAGCUGUCUGGGUUUAAAACGUAAAAAGUGGUAUGUCAGCGGUUCUCAACAUGUGAUAGUAGUACCCCUGGGGGUUACCUGGCCUAUCCACAGGAGGUACUUGAAGACUCAUAAAUGCCUCUGCAUCAGUUGCACAUGAGGGGGUACUUCGGGUAAAAUGUGACUGGGAGUUGAGUAACCUAAAGUAGGUUGAGAACCACUGGUCUAUGUGGUAGAGGAAGAAGAGUCAUUCGGACACAGUAAUUUAUGGGGAGGCUAUUCCUGCCAAAACUGGCCAGCAGAUGAGCUUUAGGCAUAAAUCUCCCUAAAGCCUGCCGGAUAUUGUCUUUGCAAUGGAAAUAGUUUCAGAGUGCAGGAAAGUCGAUGCAGAUUUCAUUGAACCCAAUGCCCUGAUAGAAGCAGACUGGCGUCUACAAGGGUUUUAUUUCUUAGGCCUGCUUAAAAAUGAAUGCACAUGCUUUCAUAGAUACUCACUCAUUCUUAAAGUCUGGUAAGGUGCAGCCUAUGAAUACGGCCAAGUAAACAGUCGGUAAGCAAAUUCAACCCACUUAUGGCAAAAGUACCAGUGUCGGCGCCCAAGGUCUUGUAGAUCCAUAGCAACAGCUUCCUUAUUUUUCCGUAAUUAGUUAGCAGUAGGACCUACUAUCAACAUAACAUUUGUUUAUGCUCCUAUAUUGGCAACUGAAGGGUUACAGAUGUGUUGUCUUCUGUACUAUUUUACACCAAUAUACUGUAGUUAUAAUAGAAAGUAAUGAGUUCUCUUACAUGCUAGUGUGUGCAUCCAUGCCUCGGUAUUAUGCUGUAUGCGUGUCCUUAUCCAUACUGUUUGGUGACUAACCGCCGUGGUGUGUGUGUGUGUGCCCGUGCGUCAUGUUUCAGAGUGAUCUUACUCAGGACAUCACCACCUCUGUGCUGUGGGUUGACAACAAGCCUCACAUGAUCACCCUGGACUACACCGUACAGGUGCCAGAGGGCCCACAGAGUUCCCCCGAACUCAGGUACAGCUACUUACAUCAGUAGCAUUAUGAUGUAGUCAUAAUGCAUUGUAAAACUUGUCAUAAGCACAUACAGAUACGGUGAAAUAUAUUGACACCCUUACACUUUACAAUGGAGUGCAAUGGAGCACGUUCUGUUUUCUCUUUUCAAAACAUGUUGAAUAGCUAUUUUUUACCCAGUAGGCACCUGCAAUUUACCACGUGAGAUAAAUGACACAGUAAAUUAGAUUACUUGCCUCCAACCAAAUCCAUAAUAUUGUAAAGUGUAAAAUCUUAAUUUCGUUUUAGAUUUUUUUGUUCUUGGUCCUGUGCAGUUGUAAAUAAAACAAUUACACGUGUGAACAAAAGUUAUAUUUUUUAUUUUCAACUUAUUUUAUAAGAAAUACUAAAUCGUGCAAAGGUGGCAAUAUAUACUGAACAAAAAUAUAAACGCAACAUGGAACAAUUUCAAUGAUUUUACUGAGGUACAGUUCAUAAGGAAACCAGUCAAUUUAAAUAAAUUAAUUGGGCCCUAAUCUAUGGAUUUCACAUGACUCGGCAGGGGCGCAGCCAUGGGUGGGCCUGGGAGGCCAUCGGCCCACCCAUAUGGGAGCAAGGCCCACUCACUGGGGAGCCAGGCACAGCCAAUCAGAAUGAGUUUUUCCCCACAAAAGGGCUUUAUUACAGACAGAAAUACUCCUCAGCUCUCCGGGUGGCUGGUCUCAGAUGAUCCCGCAGGUGAAGAAGCCGGUUGUGGAGGUCCUGGGCUGGUGUGGUUACACAUGGUCUGCUGUUGUGAGGCCGGUUGGACGUACUGCCAAAUUCUCUAAAACAAUGUUGGAGGCGGCUUAUGGUAGAGAAAUUAACAUUUAAAUUAUCUGGCAACAGCUCUGGUGGACAUUCCUGCAGUCAGCAUGCCAAUUGCACACUCCCUCAACUUGAGCCAUCUGUGGCAUUGUUGUGUGACAACUGCAUAUUUUAGUUACCAUUUAUUGUCCCCAGCACAAGGUGCACCUGUGUACUGAUCAUGCUCUUUAAUCAGCUUUUUGAUAUGCCACACCUGGUAGGUGGAUUGAUUAUCUUGGCAACAGGGAUGUAAACAAAAUUGUGCACAAUAUUAGAUAAAUACGAUUUUUGUAAGUGUGGAAAAUUUCGGGGAUCUUUUAUUUCAGCUCAUGAAACAUGGGACCAACACUUUAUAUUUUUGCUCAGUGUAUUUGUGCCUUAUAAUGUCUUUGUAUUCUCAUGGGUUACUGUAAUCCAUUUUGAGUUAGUUGAAAAAUUGCCACAAAAAUAUGACACACUAUGAAUUAUGCAUCCAUUUUUAAUAGGCCAUAAUACAUUACACUUGUUGGCUUUAAGAAAAGCCACAAGUCAGUUUUAAGAGGUAGUUUAAUUCAAAAGUUCAUGGAAGCUUUUUCAUUUCUUUGUCUACAUUUCAUUUUACUUAAGUUUUGAAAGGGGAAAGUCAUUUUCAUACCAGGAUUUGGACUAUGUAUUGUCAGUGCUGUGUAUGAAAACUGAAUUUGGACUAUUAGCAUGGACCCACAUGUAUUAACACCUCAUGGCCAAGGUUCCUUAUUAUUUCCCAUCAGGAGAGGAGGGUUGUUGGCUAGGAGUGUUGUAAGCGUGAUCCCCCAUUUUAUGCCUUGUGUCUGUGUUCCCGCAGCAAAUUCCGCCUGUCCUAUUACCCUCACCGUAUUGACAACUUUAAAGAGAUCCUGAUGGGAGCCUUCCACGGGAAGUGUGAGCACAGUGUCUACGGCGACUUCAAGACCUACACCCCCGGCCAGAGCCAGGCCCCCUGCUACUUCAUUCACGUGGUCAAGAAGACCGCUUAGUAACCCCACCAAACUUUCCCAUGAUUUUGUAUCUCCAACCCCCAUUAUUCCUCCCUACGUUUUCUGUCGUGUCUGUCUUCUGCUGACCCUUCUGUUCAAACCGCCUCUUCUCCCUUUCUGAACCAAAACAAACCUGAGCCCAAAUGCUGUGGCGGUCAUGAAAUGUUGUCAGCCGUGGCGUGUCAAGCAAAUAACUGCCGUCUCACAGUAAUUUACAGUUAUUUAACAUAAACACGUUUAGCAUCU